CCACUUGUUCCUGUCUAUAUUUUCGCCACCCCCAUUUCUCAUUUUCUUCCAUUGUUGCCCCCUUCCCCUUCUCUUUCUCUCUCUAAAUGCCCUAAAAAUCCAAUAUAAAAGACACCCUUUUCUUCUCCAUAGCCGCUAUAUCUCAUCUCAUCUCACCCUUAUCACUCUUCUUCAUCCACAUCUAGUCAACAAUCAGUCACUCAAAACACAGAGGAAUCAAACGACAACUUCACAGAUCAUCUUUUUCUUGUUAUCCUCUUCAAAAUCCAUUCUUUUUCAAGAAAAUCGGUUCAGAUUUGAAAAUGUUUUGUUAAAAACUACAGAUUUUGAUUUUUUUGGUUGUUGAUAUUGUUAAAGAACGAAUCUUUUUUUGUUGAUUGAAAGAUAAAAGAGUUUUUUGAGGUAUUUCAAUGGCACCCAGUAUGGAUUGUGCAGUUUCUAGCCUUUUGUGUGCUGAAGACAACAGUAGCAUUUUUUGCAAUGAGGACGAUGAUGUCGGAUUUGGGUUUGUGGAGGAAGUUGUGGUGGAAGAUAUAUGGUAUCCUAGGAUUCAUCGAAAUGGUCAAGAAAACAGGAAGUUGUUUAAUGGGGAGGAGUUUUAUACUGGUGUUCCAUUGCAGAGUGAUGAGUGUUUAGUUUUGAUGAUUGAAAAAGAAUGUGAGCAUAUGCCUGCUGUUGAUUAUCUUGAAAGAUUGAGAAAUGGGGAUUUGGAUAUUGGGGCUAGAGAUGAGAUUCUUGAUUGGAUUGCUAAGGUUCAUUCACAGUUCAAUUUUGGUCCAAUGUGUGCAUAUUUGGCUGUCAACUAUCUUGAUAGAUUCCUUUCUGCUUAUGACUUGCCUAAGGAAAAGGCUUGGAUGAUGCAGUUACUUGGCGUAGCUUGUCUGUCGAUUGCUGCCAAAAUGGAGGAGACUGAUGUUCCUCUGUCUCUAGAUUUACAGGGAGGGGAUGCAAAGUUUGUAUUUGAAGCUAAAACAAUACAAAGAAUGGAGCUACUUGUGCUGACCACAUUGAAAUGGAGAAUGCAGGCUAUCACCCCAUUCUCUUACAUAGAUUAUUUCAUCAAGAAGAUAAAUAACGAUCAAAUAUCUUCGAUCAAUAAAUCAGUUGAACUCAUACUAAGCACACUAAAAGGAAUUCACUUCUUGGAAUUCAAGCCUUCUGUAAUUGCAGCAGCAGUAGCAAUCUCAUUUGCAGUAAAAACUGAGACAGUAGACAGUGACAAAGCACUAUCUGCUCUAGUUCAGCAUGUACAAAAGGAUAAAGUUAUGAAGUGCAUUGAAUUGAUUCAAGAAUUGUCUUUAGCAAGUGACUUUGUUAAAGUUCCAAUUGCUUCUUCAAUCCCAUCUGUUCCUCAGAGUCCAAUUGGUGUGUUGGAUGCAGCAUGUUUAAGUUACAGAACUGAUGGCUCAGGAGUUGAGUCGCGGUCUAAUUCAUCUCAUAAUAGUCCAGUGAAGAGGAGAAAGCUAAAUACACCUUAUGAAGUGGAUACUUAGAGAUGGAUGGGUGAAUAUUAAGUGGAAAGAAGGCCUUUUGUCAAGUUAUUAUGAUAUAGUUGAAUGAGAGUUUUGGUGUGAUCUUUUAAGAAUUACAAUGCACCCCACAACACAUACUUCACAAUAAAGAAAGUUAGGAAAUAUUAUGAAGAAAAUGAAUACAUAUAAUGGUGGUGGGGGAAAAGAGAGAUUAUGAGUAGUUGGAUCAUUUUGGUGGUUGGAGAUUGAAGAAAAGAUAUAUAGACAAAAGGUUUCAUUCCAUUAACAUAUAAAAAAAAAUGUUGGAGCUGUUAAAUAUUAGACUUCUUGACAGCUAAAGAAGCCAAGAUUAAUUAGGCAAGUAAUUAGAAAAUGAGAAUGCAAAAUAAAACCAAAAAAAAAGAAAAAGAGCAACUCUAUAAUCUUAUCUUGCUUUUGAGUUUAUCAUAGAUAAAAGUUUGUUUAGCCUUUGAGGGCUUGUAUUUGUUUUUAGAGUUUAAAAAAAGUUUUUAGAAAUUAAAUAAAAUAAAAAAAUGCGCAAGUGGUGGAAGGUGAAAACCCAAGAGAGAAAUUUUGAGUUGUUUAAUUUUAUUUGUUGUUAUGUGCACUUUUGCAUUAUGUAUAUACUUUUAUGGCUUCUUUAUGAAAGUCUAAACUAUACAGUUCAGUAA